UGGCGCCACUUAUCCCCACCAGGAGUCUAGACCCGUCUCACUCUGACGAUUCUACUCACAAGAUUGUCGAGCCGUGGAUCGGAGCGAUUCAGUCAACAAGAGACUUCCAUGCAAGAACGGUAUAGCUCUUAGCGCGCGACUAACCGGCAAUAGAAAAAAGUGACUGUGCACAGUGGUCAGUGCGGUGAGAAGAUAUCAAAGUGUGUGCGAAACGACCUAUAGUGGCCCCCAAAUGCUUACCCUGCGUCGAGCCAAAAUCCUCUUUAAUGUUCAUGUUCCGAAGCAGAAAGACAAACCUCACUAAACGCCUCAAAGACAGAAAGAGGCGAAGCAAUGAAACCAGGCGUUCGGCUGAGGAAGACGCGGUAAGCAUCGAUAACUUCCUGAAGAAGCUUCAGGAAAACCAGCUGGAGAUGCUGCUCAAAGCCAUCGACAGUAGGGGUCAGGAACUUAGUAACUGCGUUCUGUUACCUCAGAAAGUAGGCGAGGAACCGCACGUGCUCUUCUGUCAAACUUGGCGAUGGCCAGACUUGCGGCAGGGCACCGAACUGAGAAGGUUACCAAUGUGUAGGACAGCAAGUGAUUCGGUUUAUAUCUGUUGCAACCCUUACCACUGGAGUAGACUGUGCCAGCCUGAAUCGCCACCACCUCCAUAUAGUAGAACCAAUGCAGAUAGGAUAAAACCAGAAGAUCGAGCCCCAAGCGAAGUCCCUCUGGUAUGUCGAGAUUCCUUUCCCGGCUCGCUCACUACCAAUGGAGAUUCCUGUUUGAAUUCUCUGGAGUGGUGCAAGUUAGCUUAUUGGGAGAUGUCAGAUCGAGUAGGUCCACUGUAUCCUGUUGAACCUUCGGCUGUGAAUGUUUUUAGUGACAUGCUCCAUCCCGAUGGUCUUAGUUUAGAAACCUUAGCUCAGCAUAGUUUUAGCCCUACUGGGCCAGCGAUUCAAAAAACUAGGUGUAAAAUUGGUUUAGGAAUAACACUGUCGCACGAAGAUGACUGCGUUUGGGUGUACAAUCGCUCAGACAACCCAAUUUUCGUGCAUUCGCUGGCUUUGGAGGAUCACGAUUCUCCUUCACCUACACGAGUACCUGCCGAGCACUGCCUUUGCGUUUACGAUUCCUUCAAGGCGGCUCAACAAAAUUUCGGAUGGAACUUCACCCAUCCCCACUUAGGUCCCAUCGAUCCGAAUUCCAUUAGGAUCAGCUUUGUUAAAGGUUGGGGCCCUAAGUAUGCCAGAAGAGAAAUCACCUCUUGUCCUUGCUGGUUAGAAAUUCUACUCGCUCCAUGCAGGUGAUCAAAAACUUACGUUUCAGUCGAAAGAAAAUCGAAGAAAGAAAUGAAGAGAGUUAUCGUUAUUUUGUUUUGGAAGAAAAGUGUACAAAAUAACUUAAUCAAAUGUGAUUUAAAAUGCGAGUUUAUAUUGUACUAAAUAGAAGCAAGGCUGACAGAUUGAAAUUGUUUUGGUACAGAAGGGAGUUGAUGAACUGUGCUGUAAUGUUGUUUCCGUCCGACUUUUAUAAUUUUGUACAAGGGAACAGCUUGAUUUAGCAUUUCGCAGUUGAUAUAGAAAAGUAUAUUACUUUGUAUUAGUUGGAAUCUUGAUAAUCAUGAAACAGAUUGAAAUAUUUUUGAUUUUUUUUAUAUCACUCACCGAGAGAAAAAGUUGUGGAAACAAAAAAUGUAUGCAGUUUUGUAAUGUAACAAUUUCCUGUUUUCAUUUUGUUCGGCAAAACUAUUUUAUUUUUUACUUGUAUUUACAAAUUGAAAGUACUUUGCAACAUGGCAAGUAACAAAAAAUAAAAAUAUACUGUUGUAAAAAUUGUAUUUAAACAUUUUUAAACUAAUUAGAAACGUACUGAUGUAAAUUAUUAGGAAUUUAUGAAAUGCCUUAUAUACAUCUUCAGCUAAGAUGUACUUUUGAAGGUUAGACUUGUAAAGAUCUUGUAUUUUUGGUGCUUCAAGACAUUUUCGAAAUGUCUGCGUAGUCAGGGACCAUAACAUUCGUUUUUCACUUUUUUUUUUGAAAAAGCAAUUUAUUUUUUAUAUAAUUUCAAGUACAAACAAUACUCCAAAUGAUACAAGUUUUCACAUAACUGAUCAAUAAAGUAUCAGUUUUAUUGUUAUUUGUUUUUGGAAUUCUUGUAUGAAGUAACUAUUUUUGCAUCAAGUAAGGAAAAUGCGAGUUUUUUUUUCAAUGUGAUAGGUGGAAUGAACAUUUUCCAUUACAUGCUGCAUCUGUAAUUUUUUCUACGGCCGUUUGGGUCAGUCUUCAAGAUACAUUUGAAAUUAUGAAUUUUGUUAUACCUAAUAAUUUGUGAAUACUUUUUUCUUGUGAAGUCCAAAUAUUUUCUGAAUUUUCAGCAACUUAUAUUUUCUGUGAAAUAGAAAAACCGCCUCACGGAAGUAGAAAAAAUCAAUUGUACUUAGUAUUUGUUAUGUUUCAUUGUCAUUUGUUACUUUUUCUUCUGAAAUUGAAUAUGUCACUAGUCAACUUUACGCUAGGUCCAGCCAUCAAACUGUAAAUUAUAGAGUGCCUUUAACAGCAAAUAUUGUAAAAAUCAAAGUAUAUUGUACCAUAAUUGUAGAAAUUUGUAAUUAAUUUGUUUAUUAUUUAUUAACCCAUUCAAUUAUACAAUUUUGUAUAUCGAAAUAAAUUUAAUAUAAAAAUUUCCAGGAUAUAUUAUUUAACCACAUAUUUAAUUUUAUUAUUAAAUUAUUGCAACAAUUUUUUGUUUUGUGUUGAGAACACUAUAAACACAACUUUCCUUUUAGAGAAAGAUCCUAUUUGAUCAUUGUUGUACCAAAUCAGACCACAUAUUAUUUAAAGUUCAUUGGUGUCAAAAAGUCAUAUAUGUCUAUUUAUAUGACGCAUAAUUAUACAACAAAAUCAAACAGAAUCUAGUCAAUUUUAUCACAGAAGUACCUAGUAUCAAAUACUCAAAUUUUAUGUUUUUAACUGCAGAGUUAUGACAAUCAAAGUCAGAAAAAUGUAUAUAUUGUUCAAAAUAGUAUGGCACUAAUAGGACUUGAAAGUCCUCAAUCAAUGAAUAAAGAAUUAAUGAAAUCAA